UCCGAAUAAGAAAAUAAAAUUAAAUCAGAGAAGAUAAAAAUAAAAAAGGAAAGAAACUUCAUGCUCUUUUAUGACGAAGAGCGAGCCUCCGAUUCAGAUCAGUAAUCCUUGACCUUCUAUUGGAAUCCAUCAAAACCCACGUCGAAUCCUCAGAAAUCGAUCGAACCCCAUCUCGCAAAUCUCACUUUCCCACGAACCAAACAAGCUCAAUCUUCCUCGCAGCUUCAAGCGGAGGUGGAUUUACAGAAAUGGACGUAAAUUUUGUGCGUGGGGCAACAUGCAGUGUGUGAAUACGUGGGAGAGUUCGGAAUUUUGGAAUUUAUAGAUUGGGAGGAGUCGGAGGUUUUGUUGGGUCGGAGAUGGCGAAUCCGGUGGUGAGAGUGAGGAGGGAGACGAUUGCAGCAUGCAUGACUUGUCCUCUCUGCGAUAAGCUUUUCAGAGACGCCACCACCAUAUCUGAAUGCCUUCACACGUUUUGCAGGAAGUGCAUAUAUAAUAAGAUUUCAGACGAGGAACUAGAAGUCUGUCCAAUAUGCAACAUAGACCUGGGUUGUGUUCCACUGGAGAAAUUAAGGCCAGAUCACAGCUUGCAAGAUGUAAGGGCUAAGAUUUUCCCUUUUAAAAGAAGAAAGGUUAGUGCACCUGAAGUUAUGCCUUCAGUUACAUUACCAGCAAGAAGAAAGGAGAGAUCUCUCUCAUCGUUGGUGGUCAACACUCCCAGAGUAUCAACUCAAGCCACCAUGACGGGAAGGAGAACUAAAGCUGUUGCGAGAAAGGCUUCUGCUUUACAGGCAUCCAGUUUUUUGGUUGAGACACCUAUUAAGAAAGAGGAAGGUUCCGCGGAAGAUCACCUUGAGAGCAGCAGCUCACCUGAGGUCUCAAAUAAGUCCGGUCAAAAUAACAAGCAGAGUUCUUUUUCUGCUGAGACUAGCCAACCUGUAUCCAAUAAAGAAACUGAGAACGGCGGUGAACCAUGGGAAGGGAAAUUGGAUCUCUGGAAACCAUUAAAUUGUUUGGUUGAAGUUGCGAAUAGGACCAAGUCUUUCAAAUCCAACUCCCAAGGGUCUGAAAAUAAAGUAGAACCGGUGCAUGUCAUUGCCAGUGAACCUCAGGUUCGCAAGUCCAAAAAUAAGGAAAACAAACAGAAAUCAAAAGUAGAGGGGGAAAAGAAUAGUAAUUAUCCUACCUCUCCAGAAACAGUAAAACCUAAAAAGCUGCGUAGGAUUCGACGAAAGAGGGAAUCCUUUGGAGAAUCAAGCAUUUCACCCCAAGCUGUUCUGGAUGCAGCCAUUGGCAAACAUGAAAGAAGAGCUGGUCCAAUUUGGUUCUCACUCGUAGCUUCUGAAGAUCAGGAAGGAGAUGAACCCUUGCCUCAACUUCCGACGAGUUACUUAAGAAUAAAAGAUGGAAGUGUGCCUGUCUCGUUCAUCCACAAAUAUCUAAUGAUGAAACUAGAUCUCACUAGCGAAGCCGAGGUUGAAAUCAAAUGUAUGGGGCAACCAGUGGUUCCCACAUUAGAGAUGUAUAAUUUAGUUGAUCUGUGGCUACAAACGGCAUCACCUUCAGAACGAAUUACAGCAUCCAUCGGGUCCUCUGCGAAAGAUUUUGUGAUGGUGCUGGCUUAUUCCCGAAAGGUCUCAAACUCCUAACAGUUCACUCAUCCUUGUUUCCCAUUGAAUUUGUGAGAUGAUCGAGAGGCAGUUUCUGAUCCGGCAUGUAUGUUAUGAGUAUGUGUUGCAAACUUGCAAUCACCAUGUUGUCUACUGCAGCUGGCCACAGCAGGGUUAACGGGGACGAAUGGACUACUGAAGAAACGCUCGCUCAUCUUCCCCGUACGCUAGUGUGGCAUGUUGUUCAUGGCGAAUGGCCAUUGCAAUGUAUGUAUUAUACCUGAUCCAAUUUUCUUCUUCUUCAAAUUUUUGGUUCGCGUUAUGUAAUGCAGGAGUUGUAUAAACCCGACUGAUACAGAGUCUCAGGGCGCAGUUUGCUUGUCUGUAACACAAUUCAAAGUACCAAUACACUAAUUUUUUUCUUUUAUCAUCAAGAAACAGCAUUUUUUUU